AUGUCGGUUGAAGACUCCGAAGAUGAAUUUUACAUUGAGCUUUUCACGGACCUGGAAGCGGUUUGCUACCGUGUACUCGACUCGAGCGACUCCACGGACGCGCGCAUCGGCAUCCAGGACUAUGAAGAGGUUUUCCAGGUGCUGGACGCGAUCCAGGAGGCCAUUGAGCAGCAGCAGUCGCGGUCGACGAGCCCCAUUCUCCGUCUGUCCUCCAGCUGCGCCAGUGAUCAGUCCCUCGACUUCUUCGCCAAGCAAAUGCAGCGGUUGGUGAAGUUACUGGGGGAUUCGUCGGACCUGAGCCUCGAGAUGGACAAGAGGUGGUCACAGCUUCGCAGGAACAAAAUCGAUCUGUUCGUGUCGGAGGUGGACAAGACGCUCACGUUGCUGCAGCCAACGGAGACGGAGGAUCUGCUCACUUUGCUGCAUCGAGAGCUGCAGAGUCCUAGCUACUCGUCUUCCCAGCUCGAGGUCAUCCAGAAGGCGUACGACGAGGCUUGCUCGAAGCAGUCGGCGACGGUCUUCCAGUCGCUUCCCGAGUGGUUUAUCGGCUGGUACGAGCUGGAGAAUGAGGUCGUGGUCGCUCGAGGCGGCUACGGCGAGGUCUCCAAGGCCAAGUGGCUCAACUCGGACGUCAUCGUCAAGCGAGUGCUCUUCGACUCGGACCGGAGCAAUCGAGGGGACCAGCGACGCAUGUUCGAGCACGAGGUGGCGCUGUGGUUCAGUCUGAACCACCCUCACGUGGUGAAGCUCUUCGGCGGCUGCCACAUCGGCACGCCCUACUUCGUGUGCGAAGAGGCCAAGAACGGCUCGCUGGACCGGUACCUGAAGGACCACCCGUCGGGCGUCUGGACGAUGCUGUACGAGGCGGCGCUGGGGCUCGAGUAUCUGCACGCGCGCGGCAUCGUCCACCGAGACGUCAAGUGCGACAACAUCCUCGUCGGUAGCGAUGGGCAGGCCAAGCUCACGGACUUCGGGCUGAGUUCCGUUGCGAGCGCGGCAGACCAGGGCAAGCGGUCGGGCGCUGUCCGCUGGGUGGCGCCUGAGUGUUUGGCAGGAGAGAAGGCGUCGUUC